AGAUAUACUCGCAGCGGUAUCUGGUCGUGAGGAUCCCAGGGGGACACGUGUUGGGAAUUUCAUGUGUUGAAGGGUACCACCGGCGUAGUCACGGGGACCCUUUGGGCGUGGUCGGUGCGAUGAUGAGGAAGGCUUGCGUGCGUGCUGCGCAAUUCUUCCUCUUCUUCUUCUUCUUCUUCCCUCUCUCUCCACCACCACCGCCGUCUCUCUCCAAUCAAGUACUGCGCAUCUCCGAAGCUGGUACACUGGAAUGCAGCGAUGGAUAUUUUAGGCUAUGCGAGGAGGACGAGUCACUUUGGUAUUUCGUUUCAGAGAGGUACGGUGGAGGGAUAAAGCUUGCAGGGUACGCUGAUGCGGACUUUGCAAGCAAGGCAGCAAACCGUAGGUCGGUAUCAGGGGGGAUCGUGACGUGUGGAGGAGGCUCUGUGUCUUGGUUUUCCAGAACGCAGAAGUGUGUCACGCUUUCGACCACAGAAGCAGAGUACGUCGCCCUAGGUGACGUAGUGAAGGAGAUUAUAUUUUUGAGGCAGAUUUGGCGUUUCAUGUUGCCGCAGGUCGGCAUGCCGUGCAUCCCCAUCUUCGAGGACAACCAGGGGGCGAUUCAACUAGCGCAGAACCCCAUCUCAAACUCGAACUCGAAGCACAUAGAUGUAAGGCACCAUUUUCUCAGGGAACUGGUAGAGAGGAAGGAAAUUUCGGUCAUCCACGUGCCGUCGCCGUACCAGCGUGCAGACUUUCUUACGAAGAGUUUGUCGAAGGAUUCUUUCGAAUCUCACCGUGAAUUUGUGAUGAAUUUGGCAUGA